AGCUCCAGAAGCAGUGCCAAGCUCAGUUGGCUAUAAUGACCUGGCUAGUGUUUCCCCUUCUACUGGUGGGUUUUCCAGGGAUUACCUUUGGUGAUCCCGACUUCCAGAACCGCAUCAUUGGAGGCUACUACGUGGACAUUGCAGAUGCCCCUUACCAGGCGGAAGUGAUUAUAGACGGCACUGCAAUUUGCAGUGGUGCCAUCAUAAAACCACAGUUUAUCCUUACGGCGGCUUCUUGUGUUUCGGAAUACUACAGCUCGGUCCAAGUGCGAGUGGACACCAAUUCCAGGGACUAUGAUGGCACGGGAACUUUGGUGGGAGUUUGCAAUAUCAUCAGCCAUCGGGGAUACAAUUACUGGCGCUUCGACAACAAUCUGGCCCUGCUGAAGCUGUGCGAACCGCUGAAGACCUCGAAAACGGUGAAACCCAUCAGUUUGGCUGAGGAACUACCGGCGGAUUACUCCUGGUGUGUGGUUUCCGGCUGGGGAUCCACCAGUUGGUGGGGCAGCUGGUGGGACAGGUGCUUUGGCAGUCUCCCGGACUAUCUGCAGAUGGUCUGGGUUAGCGUCUACAAUCGGGAGCAGUGCGCCGUGGACCGGGGAGUUUGGUUCGGUCUCUGGGAUAAUGGAAUUUCCCAACUGACCCUCUGCACCCAAUACGGCGCCGGAGGAUGUUCCUACGACACGGGAGCCCCGCUGGUGAGAAACGGAUACCUCGUGGGCAUUCUUUCCGAGGGCGGUUGCUCGAAGAAGCCAGAUGUCUACGCAAGUUUGACUUGGUUCCGGAAUUGGAUAGCGGAUAAUACGGCCGAGGACGAUACCACAACUCCGGCUAGUUCUACAAGUGUUAGUACUCCAGGUCCAACAUCUAGUUCUAUCGGUUCUAGUUCUACUAGUGUUACUCCUUCCAUUCCUGAAAGUUCUUCUAGUACCAAACUGACUCCUACAUCCACCAGUGUUACUACUAAUACACCUGGUAUUCCUUCUUCGCCUAGUCGUAUUCCUGAAACCACUUCUGGUACUAAAACAUCUUUGAGUUCUACUAUUUCCAGUUCCACAGAGACUACUCCUCCCAGUACGACUCUGUCACCGACUUCUACUCCGAAAGCUACUGCUUCCACUACUUCCAUUUCUCCUACUAACACACCUACUACUAAAGUUUCACCAACAUCUACUCCUGAAACUACUGCAGGUUCCACUGUUUCCAGUUCCACAGAGACUACUCCUCCUAGUACUAUUUCUUCACCUACGGAUACUACUAGUACGCCAAGUACUACGGCUUUACCCACUUCUUCUCCGGAAUCUACUGCUGGUACUGAAACUACUUCCAGUUCCAUUCCCACCACCAUUCCCAGUUCGCCAGACACUACUAACACACUUAGUACUACUGUUUCACCCGCCACAAGACUUCCAAUGUGUACUGGUGCUGAGGAAAAUAUUACUCCAAGGCCUGUAAUUCCAUAAAAAUUAUAUUUUGGUAUCCCAUUUUAUUCUACCUUUUGUUAAAAUAGUUUAAGGGUUUCACGCCCUACAUUUUAUUUAUAAAAUUGUAAAUAAGCUUAGGAACUCUAACCCUUAGCUCCACACAAAACUCGAACACAUUUAAAUAUAUAGCUUCUCACCCGUCUUAAGAAUACUAAAGUACUCAAGUAUUUUGAAGUACUAAUUUCAAAUGCUAUUGUUCCUUGUGUUAUGAAAAGCUAAAAAGAUUGUAGAUUACAUAGCUAAUGAAAUCGAUUUUUAUAAAAUGUUCAGGACAUCUAUAAAAAUGGUAAACAUUUGCAUUAGCACCUUUAAUUAUAACAGAACUGUGAAACUCGCCUUCAGAGUGAAGCUUAGCUCGUUUAA